UCCGCCCAUAUUCGCGUCAGGCCAACCUCAUCUGAAUCGAGAGUAGCAGGCCAAACGCUGUAUCAAAUGGAAAGUUCAAUCGAUUAAUGUCCUUACUUUUGUCGGCUUUUUUAAGAAGUUACAUUUACACAAAUGUGGCCGUUUCAGUGUAAAGUAGGAAAUGCAGAGAUCGUGUGAAAAAGGAGGAUUAUCUGCUUGACUUCUUAUUUGGUCGCUACUUCGGACGCGGAACUCCACACGCUAUAGGUGAACGAUGACCGAAUACAAGCUGGUGGUGGUGGGAGCAGGAGGCGUGGGCAAGAGCGCACUCACCAUCCAGCUCAUCCAGAACCACUUUGUGGACGAAUAUGACCCCACCAUCGAGGACUCGUACAGGAAGCAGGUGGUGAUUGACGGGGAGACGUGUCUGCUGGACAUCCUGGACACUGCAGGUCAGGAGGAGUACAGCGCCAUGAGGGACCAGUACAUGAGGACAGGGGAGGGCUUCCUCUGUGUCUUCGCCAUUAACAACACCAAGUCCUUCGAGGACAUCCACCACUAUAGAGAGCAGAUCAAGAGGGUGAAAGACUCGGAAGACGUGCCCAUGGUGCUGGUGGGAAACAAGUGUGACCUGCCGUCCCGGACGGUGGACACCAAACAGGCUCAGGACUUGGCGCGCAGCUACGGCAUCCCCUUCAUCGAGACCUCGGCCAAAACCAGACAGGGUGUCGAUGAUGCGUUUUACACAUUAGUGCGGGAAAUCCGAAAACACAAGGAGAAGAUGAGCAAGGAGGGCAAGAAGAAGAAAAAGAAGUCCAAGACAAAGUGUAUACUCAUGUGAAUAAUGACCAGCCCCCUUUUCAAGAUAGACAAAAAAAAUGUGUUAAAACAGUUCAAGUAAUACAUUUUUGUACAUUAUGCUAAAUUAUUAGCCUCUUUAUCUUACUACCCAAAUUACUGAAUAUGGAAAUGAACCCUAUUUUUUUCUGUCUUUUUCUCUUAUUUUGAAACCAAUAAGCUUUACUUUCUGUUUAGUGCCAGUUGCCCAGAAGUGUUGGUCCAAUAGGUUGAUUAUCAAUUAUGAGCGGUAGACAGUAAAACAAAGGACUUUAUUCAACAGCCAAGUUCACAUCUAUAGGGACAUUUUGGACAACAGAGAAAGCAAGCCUAAAAAGCUUAUUUUCCCUCUGCUGGUAGAGCAUGAGUUGCUCCUAACAGUAUGGGGCGCCAAAUAGUUGAAUUCCAUCCCAUUCCAUUGGACAAGGAGUAACAACUGGGAGGCAGGACCAACACUUGAUUGGGGGAAAUUCCAAAUGUCCUGGCCACUGUGUGUAAUAAUGCCCAUCCUCCUACUUUAAACUCCUAGAUAUGAUUCAAUAAUGUCAUGCAGUACUUGAAGCAUGCAUGUGAACUUUACUACUGUUUCUAGUAAAAACAAUGUCCUGGUUACCCAUUUUAAUUAAGUUGUAAUCUGUUAAUGCUUUUUUGUAAUUUGUGGGUAGUGAUUUCCUGCCCACAGGAGAGACUUUCCUUUUUGCAUGCAAUGUGUUCUUACUAGUCAAUGGGGAAUGGCACAGUGAUACUAAUACUGUACGAUACUGAUACAGCCAGUUGGGCCACAUAGGUUUUUAUAGUGUUUCGGGACUCGAGUCGAUCCAUAUUCACCAUUCCUGAUCUGAUCUUUUGGGUAGAAUCCAGUUGUUGAAUGGUGGGAAACCUUUUCAACAACUGAAAUGCUCCAGGUGGCAUGUAUGAAGCAAAAUAGAUUUUAACAUAGCCAUCAGAACAGCAAGAUUAUGUCAGUAAUGUUGAAGAGGACAUGCAUCUAAUGUUGUGUUGCUCAGUGGCACUGCAUGUUGCUUAAACCAACGCCUCUACAUAAUCCAGUGUCUCCUGUAGUUGUUUUAUCAUUAGAUAUGAUAUACCCUGCUCAUUCCGAACGUUUUAAAAGAUGAGUUAAUUGUUCAUCAAGAGACCUUGUUUGAGCUAUGAAAUUCCCCUGAUAUCCUUAGGAUUGGUGUAUUUUGUGUCGUGUUUUUGAAGGACAAACCUUUCCUAUUCAAGGGAUAGUUUACCGAAGUAACACAUUUUAGCUAUUGAACCAGCAAAUCAAGAUUUGGGCUUCCUUGUUACAGCAUGACAUCCAAAUUGUUGAGUGCAAACAAAUAGCAUGCCUAAAUUAAACCUAAACUUUAAACCAAGUCAUCUAAUGACAUAUACAGUGGGGAAAAAAAGUAUUUAGUCAGCCACCAAUUGUGCAAGUUCUCCCACUUAAAAAGAUGAGA